AUGAGUUUCAAUCUACCGGUACGGUCCAGUCGAAGCCAGAGAAAUCAAGAUAGCCGGGACCGGUACUUUGGCACCUUUACCCCGGCAUCGUCGGCCGAGGCCAUCAAUGGCCCGGUCCGGGAGUUCGCCCCUAUCAGCGACCGGCUUAUAGUCGGUGUAGACUUUGGUACUACCUUUUCUGGCGUGGCAGCAGUAUAUACAUCUACCCCUGAUGAUGUAGAAAUCAUCAAGACAUGGCCUGGCGGCAACGGCAUCACCUCGGACAAGGUACCAACCGAGAUCUCCUAUGACACGCCUGCCAACGCCAACGCCAACGCCGCCGCCUCCCCGGCCAGCUCGACGACGACGGUAGGGUCGGGGUCGGGGUCGGUGCCGGGGCCGGCGGUGAAAUGGGGCUUUCAGUUCAAGCCCGAGGAGUCGCGGCUGCGGUGCAUCAAGCUGUUCCUGGACCGGUCGCAAAAGCUGCCCUUUUACGUGAGCCCGCAGGAGACGGCGACGCAGCUGCGCAAGUACAACAAGAACGUCGUCGACGCCGUCAGCGACUACCUGACGCAAAUCUACCGGCACACCAUGGACACGCUGACGCGCCGCUACGGCGAGUCCUUCAUGGCCUCGACAAAGGUCGACUUUGUCCUCACCUGCCCCGCCGUCUGGUCCGAUGCCGCCAAGAACACGACGCUGCAGGCCGCGGAGAGGGCCGGCAUGGGCGCCAAGUCUGACAUUCAGAUGAUUAGUGAGCCAGAGGCCGCUGCCGUGUACACGCUCAAGGCUAUCCAGCCGAAUCAUUUGAAUGUGGGAGAUAAUUUUAUUGUUUGUGACGCUGGUGGUGGAACAGUAGACUUGAUUGCCUACAAGAUAAUAUCUCUAAAACCAUUGCGGGUUGAGGAAUCCGCCGUGGGUACAGGUGGUCUCUGCGGCAGUGCCUUUUUGAAUUAUAGAUUCGAGGAGCAUGUUCGAACUCGCUUGGGCCAUAGUCGCUUUGAUGAGAUGAAGAUGAAAAAGGGCAAGACGUGGCAGAUGGGUCUCCGAUAUUUUGAGGAAUUUGUCAAACGAAACUUCAACGAGGAUGAGUACCAAGAAGUGAACGUUCCAUUCCCUGGACUUCCCGACGAUGAGGAAGCUGGUCUGGACUCUGGCUUUCUGGUCCUGACAGCGGCUCAGAUCAAGGAAAUCUUUGAGCCGGUAGUCAAGGAAGUGUGCGACCUCGUGCAGGGCCAGGUCAACACGGUGCGCGGCAAGGGCGGGCUCGUCUCGGGCAUCGUGCUCGUCGGCGGCUUUGGACAGAGCGACUACCUGUACCGGCGCAUGAAGGCGCACUUUACCAGCGCCGCGCCGCCGCCGUACACGGAGCGCCCGACGCACGCGAGCGGCGCCGCGUCCCUGUCCGAGAACGGCAGCAUCGAGGUCAUGCAGCCCAUGUACGCCUGGACGGCCGUGGUGCGCGGCGCCGUGCUCCGCGGCCUCGAGGGCAACAUGGUCAUUUCCCGCAAGGCCCGCAUGCACUAUGGCACCAGCUACGCUACCGUCUAUGACGAGUCCAAGCACAGCGUAUCGGAGCGCUACUGGUCGCCCCUGUGGGAGCGCUGGAUGGUUUCGGAUCGUAUGCAGUGGCAUAUUGCAAAGGGAGAAGCCAUCUCACCGUUAUCGCCCAUUGCCUUUCAUUAUACACGAAAUUUCAGGCCAGGGCAGUCACUCAUCGUGACGGACGACUUGAUAGCCUGCGAAGCGGAUGAGCCACCAGUGGCAUACGGGCGCGAGCUAGUCCACGUGUGCACACUGACGACGGACCUGAGUGCCGUGCCGAGGAGCUUAUUUACCCGGUUGACGACGACGCGUGGUGUCGAGUUCGAUAACCUCGACUUUACCCUUGAAAUGAUUGUCGACAGCGCCGGGCUCGGGUUCGAGUUGAAGGUGGACGGAGUUAGAUAUGGUCGUGUCGAGGCAGAGUUCCAUUGA